CCCAAGCUAUUAACGAAGACUAUAAAGAGAGUAGCCAUCAAACAGGCUGAACAAUGGCUACAUACGCAGACUUGCUUACUAGGCUGAAGAAUAAGGAAGACAAGGAUCUGAGGAAGCAAGCUCAGAAAAAACUACAAGGAGAGGGGGUUAAUAAGAAGAUAGGAAGUGGACCUUUUAAGGAAGAAGUUUAUAAACAAAGUAAAGCUUUGCUCUUUGAAUUAGCAAAAGAACUGGUUGUUGACAAGAAAAUGAAAGAUAAAAGGAAAGAAAUUAUUGAAGAAUAUAAGAGAAAGUUAUUUAACUAUCUUAAGCUCAAAGGCGAGUUAUAUAUGAAUGGCUUCUGUGGAGUCAAUAUUCAAAUCAUCAUAUUACAAACCUUACUCGGCCAAGGAAGCGAUGAGUUUGCUGUAAAGGCCACUGGGUUUACUAUUGAAGGAGCCUGAAUACUCUUACAAGUUAUUGGGACUAAAUUUCACAAGAGAUUCUCACAAAUUAGCAAGAAUGGAGAAAAAGAGCAUGAUAAGAAGCAAACCAAAGGAAUAAACACAGGCUAUAAAGAAAUUAUAAAAACUCUUAAGAAUCUCAAAAACGGCGAGUUUCUAAACACAAGGAUAGGAGACUUAAUUGAAGAGACGUUGAAUCAGAAAAACGAAGAGUUAUCAACUAGCAAUCAGAAGAAAGAAAGCAAGGCUGAUAUCGAAGAGAAGAAAGAAUCAUCUCAAAAAUCAGUCAGCAAAGCCUCAAAAGAAUGCCCCUCACAAUCAUUAGCAAAAAAGGAGAAAUCUGUUGCGUUUAAAUAUGAAAAUAUGGAUUCAGCUUUUCUUUUUCUAUCUUCUUCAAUUGAUCAGAGUGAAAUUCAACAAUUAGAAGCAAACACAUCUCUGAAUUUAUCAUAUAUUUCAGAUGGUGAGCUUAACUCCCUGUUUAAGGCAGUCAAUGGCAAUCUAGCUGAGUGACCAAAUGAUAUAGAAGUUGCUCUAGCGUUCUUUUGGAACACGAUUCAUGUAUCUAACCAUGAUUUUCCAAGAUUUAUCGGAUUAUUUGGUGGGUUGCUAUACUCCCUCUUUGUUGACAAAAAGAUUGCUGAUUUCCACAAAUUCAUGGCUGGAGUUGAUUAUAAAGCAGUUCAAGAAGAUCAAGGUAUUGACUCUUUUGAUGUUUACUUUAAAGUCUUUGCUACUUUCCUGUAUGUUAUCCAGCAAGAACUCGGCGAUAAGAAAUUGACUCACUGCUAUGAUGAUUUUAAAAUAAAAGAGGCUUGUCUUAAACUGAAAUCCUUCCCACAUAGCAAAGAAAUUUUCAAAGAACUGGCUGAUGAAGGCAUUCCGGAAAAGAUCAUUACCCUAAUUGAUGUUAAAAGUUAGUGGAAUAUAAUUAUGC